CCAUUGCCGUCUUCGUCAUCACAUUCUCUAUACACGUCACCCUUCAAACAGAGAGGGCCAUACCUUACCUCUUUUCUCUCUUAUUACCCUGCAUUUUCCUUUUAAUUUUCUGUUCCAUCCCAUCUCUCUUCUUCUUCAUUUUCUCUUUUGCUAAAACAUAUUCUCCUUCAGUCUUUUCUCUCUUUUUUACUCAUAUUUUCUUGAAAUACAACAAAAAAGAUCAUAUGGGUCGAGCUAAAAACUGGGAUGCCUAAGUUGUUUUUUGAAAAUUAUGAGGAGUUUGGGACGAUGGAAACUGGUGUUUACACCUGGAAAUGAGGGAGAGGCAACGGUGGCGAGCUGAAGAGGAUGCUUUGUUGCGAGCAUACGUGAGACAGUAUGGACCAAAAGAAUGGCACCUCGUAUCACAGCGUAUGAACACACCCCUUAACAGGGACGCGAAGUCUUGUUUAGAAAGGUGGAAAAACUACCUCAAACCAGGGAUUAAAAAAGGAUCACUCACUGAAGACGAACAGUGUCUUGUUAUCCAACUACAGGCUAAACACGGUAACAAAUGGAAGAAAAUAGCAGCUGAAGUACCAGGUCGAACUGCGAAGAGAUUAGGAAAGUGGUGGGAAGUUUUCAAAGAGAAGCAACAGAGAGAGCAGAAAGAAAACAACAAGGUUGUUGAUCCGGUAGACGAGGGAAAAUACGAUCACAUUCUCGAAACCUUUGCAGAGAAGAUUGUGAAAGAACGGAGUGUCCCAGGUUUACUUAUGGCUACUUCUAAUGGAGGUUUCCUCCACGCUGAUUCCUCAACUCCUACGCCACAAAAUCUUCUUCCUCCGUGGCUUUCUAAUUCAACUGCUCCUUCUACUGUCAGAUCAUCAUCUCCAUCUGUGACUUUAAGUCUCUCCCCCUCGACAGUGCCACCUACACCAACGCCUGGCAUUCCGUGGCUACAGACAGAUAGAGGACCGGAUAAUGCAUCUCUCAUCUUGAGCAGUUUUCCACAUCACGGUGUUGCUCCUCCUUGUGGAGAAAAUCCAUUUAUUACUGAACUUGCAGAAUGCUGUAAGGAUUUAGAUGAAGGGCAUCGUACUUGGACUGCACAUAAGAAGGAAGCAGCUUGGAGGUUAAGGAGGGUGGAAUUACAACUAGAAUCCGAGAAAGCAAGCAAAGUUAGGGAGAAGAUGGAGGAAAUUGAAGCGAAAAUGAAAGCUCUGAGGGAAGAACAGAAAGCAACUCUAGACAGAAUUGAAGCAGAAUACAAGGAGCAACUAGCAGGCUUGAGGAGGGAUGCAGAAGCAAAAGAGCAGAAAUUGGCAGAGCAAUGGACAUCCAAACACAUGCGCCUCGCUAAGUUUCUUGAGCAGAUGGGAUGCCAAUCAAGACUUUCUGAACCUAAUGGCGGCCGCUAAAUCAAAGCUUGCAAGCUAAACCAAGAAUUCGUUUGUGUUUACUUGCUCCCUAAGUCUGUUCUUUCUAAUGUCCACCACUUUUCUUACUGUAAACUUUUUGUUUGAUCACCUUCUAUUUGGUUUUCU